UGUCUUUAGUCCUUAAACUCCUCACUUCCAACAGCAGAUCUCCUGCUUUGUCUGAAUUUUCAUCUUCACAGCUAAGCCUUGCUGAAAGACAAUGGAUUGGGCAAAUCUUGUUCCCGUAGGGCUGCUACUUAUUCUCAUUCUCCUGCUGAUUCUGAACAGUCAACGUACCUGGAAGAGCCACUUGAGACAAAACCUCCCCCCGGGACCCAGGCCUUUGCCUGUUAUCGGAAACCUGCACAUCAUGAAUCUGAGGAGACCUCACCUGACAAUGCUGGAGCUCUCCAGAACCUAUGGUCCAGUCUUCAGCAUUCAGAUGGGACUAAGGAAAGUAGUGGUGCUGUCAGGGUACAACACAGUGAAGGAAGCUCUGGUGAACCAGGCAGAUGCAUUCGCAGGGAGGCCCAAAUUGCCCAUUGCUCGAGACUCAAAAGGAAAAGGAAUUAUAUUUUCUGAUGGAGAGAACUGGAAGGUGAUGAGGAGGUUCACCCUCACAACCUUGCGGGACUUUGGCAUGGGCAAGAAGGCCAUAGAGGACCGCAUCGUAGAAGAGUACGGAUACCUGGGAGACGUCAUUGAGGCACAGAAAGGGCAGCCUCUUGACAUGACUCUGAUGAUGAAUGGUGCUACUGCUAAUGUCAUCGUAUCCAUCUUGCUCGGCAAGAGAUAUGACUACGGCGACCCCACCUUCAGAAGGCUGCUGGUACUGGUGAACCAGAACAUCAGGAUCUUUGGGAGUGUGUCCAUUUCGAUUUACAACAUGUUCCCACUGCUCGGAUUCCUCAUGAAGGACUACAAAACCUUUAUGCAGAACGUGAAAGAAACAAAGGACUUCAUCAAGGCCACUUUUGUAGAACACCUCAAAACCCUGGACAGAAACGACCAGAGGAGCUUCAUUGACGCUUUCCUCGUGAGACAGCAAGAGGAGAAUGGGAAGGCCAAUGGAUAUUUCGACAAUGAAAACUUAACUGAGGUUGUGAGAAAUCUGUUUGUGGCUGGCAUGGAGACCACGUCCACCACUUUGCGCUGGGGCCUUCUGCUCAUGGCAAAGUAUCCUGAAAUCCAGAGUAAGUGGAAACUUGAAAAGGUCCAAGAAGAGAUAGAGGAAGUGAUAGGCUCCAACCCACCACGGAUCGAGCACCGAACUCAAAUGCCCUACACGGAUGCUGUUGUCCAUGAAAUUCAACGAUUUGCUAACAUCUUGCCAAUGAAUUUGCCUCAUGAGACUACUGCAGAUGUGACCCUCAAAGGCUAUUUCAUUCCCAAGGGAACUUACAUCAUCCCCUUACUGGCCUCUGUCCUGCGAGACAGAUCCCAGUGGGAGAAACCAGACCUCUUCUACCCUGAGCACUUCCUUGACUCCAAGGGGAAGUUCGUGAGGAAAGAAGCAUUCAUGCCUUUUUCAGCAGGGCGGAGGAUCUGUGCUGGAGAGACUCUUGCCAAAAUGGAGCUCUUCCUCUUCUUCACCAGUCUCCUGCAGAGGUUCACCUUCCGUCCUUCCCCUGGAGUUUCCAUUGCAGACUUGGAUAUCUCCCCCUCCACUGGGAUCAGCACCCCCCCACUGACUCACGCAGUCUGUGCAGUGCCACGUUCUUAGGGCUUUCCUUUACCAUCUCCUUGUCCUGAAUCACCCAGGUGAAAGGUCAGUGUCUCCAGCUCCACCUGGGAAGUUUGGUACUUCUGAAUCAAGGAGGGAAUUCUAAACUGAGCACACGGGUGGCGAUGAUUACAGCAGCUGGCAGUCACUGUAAUGACUUCCAGAUGCUCCCUGGAAGGGAAGCUGAUGGUCAUCGUGAAGACGACACACGUGAAGCACUUAGCAAAGUCCACUUCAUUCUCACCUUCCUUACACCUCUGCGUUUUACCCUCCAUGAAAGAGACUGAAAACAGCUUCUGAGCCAGAUCAAAAAGGGGUCUCCACUGAUCUACACACAUGCACAGAAAUCUGAGGGUGUUCACCUUCCACACGUCCAGCAUAGCUCCAUCUAUACUGCCUCACAAAACGGCUCCACUCUUCAUCCUGCACCAGUUCUCUGCACACACACAGAAACAGAAGUGCACAGCUAAGCCCGAGAGAAGGAACCAUGCAACGUCCACUCAAUGCAGAACUGCAGAGCAGACACAGAGAGGGCUCUCAGGUUGUGUCUCAUGAUUAUAUGAUGUAAGGAAGACAAAAUGACUUUAGUGUAGUACAGAAUAAUGUCCAUGUUAGUGAUAACAAACAAAGAAAAUAAAAGCAUUCUCUGUUCCAAAGCAAA